AUGUCUACUAUUCGAAUGAACCUAAUAAAUGCAGCACUUAAUAGAGCAUUUACAUUAAUUGAUUAUAAUAUUCACAAAGGUUUUCAUAAACAUUAUGAAUUUAUGCAACAAACAAUUCUUGCUGAUAAUUCUCUUACAGAAGAGGAAAAAACUGAAGCAAUAAGAUUAAAUAAUGAAGAUUAUGACCGAGAUAAAAUUCAUUUUAAUUCAGGAACAAGAAGAAUUUUUAAUUUUUCAAAUUGGACACCUGGAAAUAAUGAUAUUGAUAAUUUAAUAAAAAAUUGUCAAAUGAAAACAUUUGUACCUAGUAAUAUAACUGAAUUGAUCCCAUAUAAUAAUUUACAAAAUAUUGAAUAUUUAACAAGAGGUGGUUUCUCUGAGAUUUAUACGGCAAGUUGGAUUAAUGGAAAUUAUUAUGAAUGGGAUUCUAAAGAACGAAAAUUAAUAAAAUCUAGAACUAUUGAAGUAAUACUUAAACAAUUAGAAAAUGUUGAAAGUGCAAGUCAAAGUUGGUUUGAGAAGGCUAAAUCACAUUUGACUAUAAGCAACAAAUAUCCAGAAAUUGUUCAAUGCUUUGGUUUAACACAAAAUCCAUCAAAUAGAAAUUAUAUGCUUAUAAUAAACAAACUGGAUGUAAAUUUAAGAGAAUAUUUACAACAAAAUCAUAAUCAACUUACAUGGGAAGAAAGAAUUAAAAUUACUUUUUUAAUAAUUAAUGCACUUCAUUGGAUUCAUAAAGAGAAUUCAAUUAUUUUUUUAAUUUUAAUCACCAUAAAAUUAACAGUUAAUAAUAUUUUUGAAUCUUAUAUUUUAUUUGUUCAAUUACAAACUAAUUUUUUAUUUAUGUAA